GUUGGAACGGAGGAUUGUCCAGCAGAGCGCCAAGCCUCCCCCACCCCCCGCGUUAUUCCGCAAUUUCUGAACCCGAUGGAUGAGAGAAGACUUAGUAUUGUUCCUUCGCCGUUUUAUAUACUGAAAAGGUAUUCGUACAACAAUGAUAUAGUAUAGACCAACCAUCCACCGUAUCCGCCACAUCGACGCUCUCACGCCUGCUCAAUCGCUUCGUAUAACUCCGCCUCUCUGCAAUCCCACCCUUCCCCAUGGCCCCCAAGUCAGCAAAAGAUUCCCUCCCCGAUAUUUCCCAACUCGAAAUCUCCCCCAGAAACUCCGCCUCGAAAAAACCACCUGCCGAACCCGUCGCCGAUUCCUGGGAGGACGAGUUCUCUGAUGAUGACACCGCAACCAAGCCUGAGAAACAGCCCACGAAAGCGUCUGCAAGCUCCGAUGGAGGCGUAGUGCCGGCCCAGUCUCCCUCCCCACCACCGCCUACCCCCGCCUCACCAUCCGCGACCUUCCCCUCCCACGACACUCACCUCUCCUCUCUCCACCCCUCCUACGCAUCCUCCUCCAGGACGACACCCACCAGCUCCGGCGACGCGUCCGUACGACCGGACAAGUCGGCGGCGGUGGCGCGGCGGCUGAUUGCGGGGGCGCUGGGGGUGAAGGUGGGACGGGCGACGGAGGAGGAGAAGGAGUAUGAGAAGGUGGUGAGGGAGCGGGAGAGGAAGCGGAGGGACGAGGCGAGGGAGAGGGAGAGGAGGCGGGUGGAGGAGGCGAGGGAGGAGGAGAGGAAGAAGGAGGAGAGGAUGCGGAGUGUUUGGGAGGAUUGAGUGGGGAGGGAAGCUCCGGAGAUAAGGUACACCCAAUGCGCAUCUUCUCUCAUUUUGAGAGAAGUGGGCGCGGCGUCAGGAUAGGUUGGGUCCGGUUGCCUUGAAAUUCAUACAUUCCAUGCA